AUGACUUGCGACAUUGAACCUGUCUCCCUGCUUCAAUCGCAUUCCUACACCCAAACAGUACAACAUAUCGACAUUGUAGCGAACAAGAUGGGCGAAGAACCGAAGAAGGGUCGCCUGACCCUGUACGAAAACCUGCUCUCCAAGGACACUCUGCGCGAGAUGCAGGCGAGGGACGCAGCAAAGAUGGCAGACGAGGCCAAGAAGAAGAAAGACGCCUCUCUGAUGUUCAAGCCGACAAACUUGGGCAAGAAGAACACCAAACCAGCACCAAAACCGAAGCCGACAUUCGCAUCAGUACACAAGAACUCCUCGAGUGUAUCCACUGGACCGCCGGCUACGACAGACGCGCCAGAGCGAUCGAGCACACCCCAGCAGCAAUCACAGCAGCAGCAGGCGCAAAAGCGAGGAUUCAAUGAUUGGCUUGCGAACGAGGACGAGGAGUGGGAGUACUACGAGAAGCCGCGGCAUGGCCAGAGCGGGAAGAACAGGAAGAAAAAGAAGAGCAAGCAGGCGCAGGAACAAGCCUGGUCUUGGGACGAUCUGUACGAUCCAUCCUUGCCUGUGAACUUCCUUGCAUAUCCCAAGUCUGAUGCAUACUACGACGUCAAUGAAGCGUGGAAGCAGAGACUGUACGAUGCUCGGAGAAGGGAGAGGCAGCGGAAAGGUCAGGACAAGAAGCGUUCGUACAGCGACGACGAAGAUAUGCCUGAUGCCAGAAGUCGGCCACGAGCUGGUAUACAGUUCGCGCCGCCGAGCAACAUCGACUUCGCUCCUCCCACAGCGUCGAGCUCAGACGGUCCCUCUCGAACACACUCCACGGGUCUUUCACGAGAUCGCGAUGACCGAUCAGCGCCGUCCUAUCCGCCCCCGGUUGAGAUCAACCAAGAAGAGACGGCGGAGGAAGUAUACGCACGGCGCAUGGCAUUGAGUGGAAGACCCGUUCCAACACAACCUGCAGCCCCCUCACCUCCCGCUGUACCGCGACCCUCGCCCAUCGCUGCUCCGGUACCACCACCUCCAACGAAACCACUUUCGGCGGAUGCGGAGGAGAAACGAGCGAAAGCUGCUGCACAGAUCGCUGCCAUCAAAGCGAAGAUGGCAGCAAAGACCGGAAGUCCAGCGCCUGCAACAGCAUCUCCUCAGCCACCAGCACAAGUUGCAGCGAUACCCUCAACGAAUGCGCCUCCCGCGACGAUAGCGACCCCUCCCCCGCCUCCGCCCGAACCUCAGCAGCCUCCAGCCCCCGCCAGCACGAUCUCCGCAGCACCGACCUUCAACCCAGCAUACCAUGCGAACAAAGCAGCCCAGGAUGAGGCGGCGCCAGAGGCGGAAGAAACGGCAGAAGAUCCACAUGCGCCUCGAUCAAGAGCACCCGGACAAGCAGGCUUUGCAGAAAGACUCAUGGCCAAGAUGGGAUACCAGAAGGGUCAAGGCCUCGGCGCAGACGGCUCAGGCAUCACAACCGCCAUCGUCAUGAAAGCCGAGAAGCGCAAGAAGAAGUCCGAUGCCGAAGGCGGAGGUUACGUCGCACCGGCCAAUAUGGGCAAGAUCGUAGGCGGCAAGAAGAAGAAGAAGGUCGAGACUACCGAAAGCGAGACGGAUGCCAUGUCUGAGGUCAUCAGACUUGAGGGUAUGCUGGCGAAUAUGGACGUGGACAAGGAGAUUCAGGAGAAUAAUUUGAUGCAAGAAGUUGGGGAUGAGCUGGGAGAGUUUGGGAAGGUGGAGAGGUUGUUUAUUUGGAGGACAAACGCAGGUGGGAAUGAUGAGGUUUUCAUCAAGUUUACGAGUCCGCUGAGCGCGCUGAGGGCUGUGAGGGAGAUGGACGGGGUGGAGUUUGCGGAUAAUGUCGUGAAGGCGGCGUUCUUUGACGCGGAGAAGUUUGAGAGGGGGGAGUAUGCUUGA